CGACAACAAUUGCUAUUGUGUGUGGCCUGGCCUUUUGACAAGUAAACAAUUUUCUUAUAAUCACAAUUAAAUAGGACAAAUUGUAAAAAUUUUUACAUAAAUUCUGCUAAAAAAGGCAGCAGGCAUCUUGGCGUCACCCUACCUAAAAUUUUGCCCCGGUUUUUCUUAUAGUUUCUCAGCAUGGAAUCUGAGCCGCCAGCUACCUCAAUGGUAGACAAUAAUUCAGCGGGAAAUAAUGUGCCGCACAAUGAAUCAACUCCAAUGGACACUGAUGAAAAUGUUAAUAAUAAUCCGGAAAAUGCUGCAGAAACAAGCGGUCUUUCCGAACAUCAAAUGGAUACUGAUAAUGCCAACAAUGAAGGCCAGCCCAUGGAUAAUUUACCACCGGCCAGCACUAAUGCCAGCGAAACAUCUUCUGCUGGCAACAAUACAUCGCAAACAGAACAAUUAGAUGCUUCCCAUGAGAAUUUAGCAACAUUAGCUGCUGUUUCUGCUGCCGGAGCAGCAGAACCUAAUGCAAAUAAUUCUGCACAACAAAACCAGACGGCAGCAAUGGAUUCUUCUGCAGCUAGCAAUCAAUCAACAGCUGAGGAAACAAAUAAAUCUACUAGUAAUAGCAGUACAAAUAAUACCAACCCCACAACAACUCCUGCUAAUACUUCUAUUGCUACAAACCCCCCAAAUCCUCCUUUAGACGAGGAAGAUGCUAAAUGGCAUACGGUGGGUGUUUUCCCUGGACUCUCCACUACCGUCACCAGCUAUAUAGAUAACACAGUUUGGUCCUCUUCGGGAUAUCAAUUAAAUGCUGAUGAUAUACCUGAUUUAACUCACCAUCCUCGUAUUAAUUUAGAGCCGGGUACGGCCUAUCGUUUUCGCAUACGCGCCCUGAAUUCUGUGGGCACUAGUGAUUGGAGCGAGAUAUCUAGUUUUAAAACCUGUUUGCCUGGUUUUCCGGGAGCCCCUUCGGCUAUCAAAAUAUCGAAAUCUUCAGAGGGUGCUCAUCUCACCUGGGAGCCACCACCAAGCUGUGUUAGUUCCAAUGAAAUUGUGGAAUAUUCCGUUUAUCUGGCUGUCAAACCAGGCAAAGAAAAAGAGACAAAGGCCGGUCAAAGAGCUCCGGCUCAACUGGCAUUUGUACGCGUUUAUGUGGGAGCAGCUAAUCAAUGUACUGUUUCGCACACUUCGCUAUCGGCGGCUCAUGUUGAUUGCUCCAAUAAGCCGGCUAUAAUCUUUCGCAUAGCUGCCCGCAAUGAAAAAGGCUAUGGACCGGCCACUCAAGUUAGGUGGCUACAAGAUCCUGUACAAAAUUCGGCUAACAAUUCAAGUUUGGGCCCUAAUAGUUUGCUGUCUCCCACACGUGUUAAACCUGAACUUACCGGAGCUUCGCCUAGCAAACGUUUUAAGGCCGCAGUUGGUGGUGGACCGGGUGGACGCUAAGGGAUUCAUUAUUCUUUUUUUAGAUUUUACUUAUUCUUAUAAUAGAUUUUUUCUUUUUUAUCCAAAACGUUACAAAUUCAUAGUUUGUAAAGCAACAAAUUUAUAAAACAGAAAUUAAUUAACAACUUUAUAAGUUAUUAAGCCUUAAUCAUAAUCAAAUUUUAAGUUUAUCAAAGGUUUUGAUAAACUUAAAUAUUGUUUAUGAUUAUGGGGGAUUAUAAGUAACAAAAACUUCAUUAUAAAACAAAACAGUUAAUUAUAACAAAACAAAUAUACAUUUAAGUUUAAUUUACUCUGUCAACUAAAUUGUACUUUAAAAUAAACUUAAAUUAACAAAUAAAACAAUGUGUAAAAAUAAAAA